CUCCUUUUCCCUCUUCACUCUUCAUACUCUUCCCCUCUCAUACACUUACUAUACACCUACACCUACACCUACACAACACCUUCAAAAUGGCCACAAACAUCACCUACCACGCCAGCGCCCUCACCCGCGCCGAGCGCAGCACCCUCCGCAACCAACGCGGCCUCACAAUCUGGCUGACCGGCCUCUCCGCCUCCGGCAAGUCCACCAUCGCCGUCGAGCUCGAGCACCAGCUGCUCCGCGAGCGCGGCGUCUCCGCCUACCGCCUCGACGGCGACAACGUGCGCUUCGGCCUCAACAAAGACCUCGGCUUCAGCGAGAAGGACCGCAACGAGAACAUCCGCCGCAUCGCGGAGGUCGCUAAGCUCUUCGCGGACAGCGCCUCCAUCGCGAUCACUUCGUUUAUCUCGCCUUACAAGGCGGACCGGGACACUGCGCGCGCUCUGCAUGAGGUCCCUACCCCUGGUGAGGAUACGGGACUGCCGUUUGUGGAGGUCUACGUUGAUGUCCCCGUCGAGGUUGCUGAGCAGCGGGAUCCCAAGGGUCUGUAUAAGAAGGCCCGUGAGGGUGUGAUUAAGGAGUUUACGGGCAUCUCGGCCCCGUAUGAGGCGCCUGAGAGGGCGGAGGUGCAUAUCAAGAACCAUGAGUUGCCUGUCCAGGAUGCUGUGAAGCAGAUUAUUGAGUACCUUGAUUCGAAGGGGUACUUGCCGCCUAAGAAGGAGUAGAUUCCUUUCUUUCUUGGUUGUGGUUUUGAGUUUUACAGUUGUUGUUGUUGUUGUUGUUGUUGUUUAUCUUCAUGUAUAGAUCUGCCUUGAUAGAUGGAGGUUUGGUGCAGGAUUUUGCUAUAUACCUUGUCUCUGUACAUACUGCCUAUCUAUGGCCCAAUUCAUCAUACUUAU